AUGACUUACAAUCUGAUCACAAUCAACAGCAAAGCGUGGCGCAAGAUGCCAGUCUACAGGCGAUCCACUAGAAUAUUUAUUAAAUACACGUGUAUUUUUUUGUUUACUGUAAUAUUCGCAACUAUACAUUUUGGGAAUAGAAGAAACGAGGUAAAGAUCAACAGGACACCCCCACGGAAUCAGACAAAAUCAGUGGCACUGUCUUCGAAUAAGAAAUACAUACUUCUGUGGACUAGUGCGCACACGUCACCGUUUCAAUAUUUACGCAUGGGCAACAUAGUGUUCGUAGAAAAAAAAUGUAAAUGGACUAAUUGUUACGUCACGAAUAACAGGAAUUUCUUAGGAGAUUACAGUGAAUUUGAAGUGAUCGCUUUUCAUGGCCCCGAGCUCUUGGAAUAUUUAACAUACGGUGAUCUACCAAACAAAAGAUCUGCAAAUCAGAAAUACGUGUUUGCAAACAUUGAGGCAGCCGCGCUGUAUCCAUUAUGCACAAAUGUAUGGAACAAUUAUUUCAAUUGGACUUGGACAUACAAAUUGAAUUCGGACGCAUUAUGGGGUUACUUCGUUAUAAGAAAUGCAAGUAAGCACGUGAUUGGGCCUAAUCAAAAUAUGCAUUGGUUAUCUGUGGAUAAGAUGGAUGACAUAGACGACGAAUUGAAAGCUAAACUUAAAAAUAAGAGCAAAACGGUUGCAUGGUUCGUUUCAAAUUGUAUAUCACAAAGCUCACGGGAACAUUAUGUGCUAGAGCUACGCAAAGAACUAAGAAAGUUUAAAAUGGAAGUCACGAUUUAUGGAAAAUGUGGGGAGUUCAGCUGCCCAAAAGAAGAUAUGCCACGAUGUUUGAAAAUAUUAGAAGACAACUAUUACUUUUAUUUGGCAUUUGAAAACUCUUUGAGUGAAGACUACGUUACCGAAAAGAUAUUGUAUGCUUUAAAUCACAACACAGUACCAAUUGUUUUAGGAGGAGCCAACUAUACCAGAUUCAUGCCCAAUGGAAUUUAUUUGAAUGCCAACAAAAUGGAUCCAAGGAAAUUGGCAAAUAAAAUUUACCAAAUAAUAAAGAAACCGCUAUUGUAUUAUAAAUUCUUUCGCUGGAAGAAAUAUUAUUCGUACCAUUUAAGACAUGAAAGUCCAUAUACGGACGAUUAUUGUAAUUUCUGCGCUAUGCUCAACGACAAACAAUUGAUGAAAAAAACAACCAUAUAUGAAAACCUGAACAAAUGGUGGACAGGCGACGAAAUGGACCGAAUUUGUCAUCUAUCAUCGCAAGUUCUUUCCGAUACCAUAGUUGAUAUGGCUAGUACACGGACUAGUAACAUUUUAUUUAGAACCUGA